AAUAUUGAAGCUCUUUGUGUGGAAGCAUGCACAGAUAACAGAGCUCAGUCUGUCACAACCCUUGGUGGUGCCCUUCCAGCGUUUGAAGUUCUGACUUGAAAGGACUGACUUCUGAGAAAUCAAGGCACAGAGUCCCAGCCCCUCUCUUUCAGCAGGAACUCUCAAUGACAGAGGAUAGAUUCAGAUUAGUAGCUGAACUAGUUCUCAAGUGAGUACCCCGUGCCUCGCUGGGAGCUGAGUGUGUGUUUCAGCUCCAAAGCGCUACUUAGUCUUGGACCUCCACCUCUGAGAAGGAAAGACUUUUAAAGCUUAAUAAAUAAACACUGGAUAAACUCAAGAGACUUUCUGGACUGCAAAGACUUCUUACGGUUCUGAGUUCUCCAGGGCUGGCAUGUUUUGACUGAACUGCUGCAAAAAGAAAAUGAGAGCUGAAAAUGGCAAUGGAUGAAUCAUGCAAAUUACAGAAUACGGAAACGAUAUUGGUUCAACCCGUUCUUGUUAAUGCUGAAAGAAUCUAAUCUUGUGCCCUCUCAUUUUAUGUCACUGCAACCCACCUUAUCCUCUUAAAUGAAUGCAUGCAUCCAUUUAAUUAACCUGUGAUGCUGGAAACAGUCUGACAUUUCUAGUUGAUCAAAAGGAAAACAAAUAACCUCAGCAAUGGAGAGAAAAAGACAGCUACAGAAAAGGGAAUUUGGGAAAAGACUUUCUCUGGACAGCAGUCUUGUGGAAUAUAUGGACUCAAACAAAUACAUAGAGCAUUUAGUGACUCAGCUGGAAGAACAACGCUGGAAUUUAUGGAGGCAAAAGCUGUCUGUGGCUCGGCUGCAGCGAGAAGUUGCACAAAGUAAGAGUGAAGGAGCAAUGCGUGAGAAGCUGAUACAUGAGUUGGAGGAAGAAAGACAUUUAAGGCUUGAGAGUGAAAAAAGAUUACGGGAGGUGACACUGGAGUCAGAACGUAGCAGAGCUCAGAUGCGUGGGCUGCAAGAACAGUUUUCCAGAAUGGAGGAGACAGUGAGAAAUCUGCUACAGAGCCAAGGAUCCCCAGGCCAGCAUGGAGAAGGAACUGUCAAUAUCAUCAAGGUAUAUCAGGAAAAGCUGUCUGAAGACAGUAGGAAAUGUAAAGAAGGCAUGGAAAAAAUUCACAUGCCAGCAGAUGAAGAUUCAAGAAGUGAAAGCAGCAGCACUGAAGAGGAAAAAGAAAAGACAAAAUUGCUAUUGGAGCGUUUGAAAGCUCUGGAGGCAGAGAAUUCAGCGCUGGCUCUGGAAAAUGAAAAUCAGAGAGAACAGUAUGAAAGAUGUCUUGAUGAGGUAGCUAAUCAGGUUGUUCAGGCUCUACUUACUCAAAAGGAUCUGAGGGAGGAAUGUAUAAAGCUGAAAACAAGAGUUUUUGAUUUGGAACAACAGAAUCGAACAUUAAGUGUGCUUUUCCAGCAGAAAGUCAAACCAGCUUCUGACCUCCUUCUUCAGAAACUCCAUUCACGCAUCUUAGACCUCUCAUCUGGGGAUUUGCUUUCAGAAGCAGAACGAAACAGAAGCCUGAUGCAAUCUCGAACUGCUGAUGCUCAGAUUCACGAAUGCCAGCAGAAUGUGAAAUCCAGUAUACCUGUCUUGAAGUGCCAGAGUCAAUUAAAUAUGACAGGUCCUAGCCGCCUGUAUCCCCGGAGCAGCUGCAGUAGUAGUGAACUCUCCCUCUCAAGUGCUUGCAGUGAAUAUUCCAGUGGUUCCUCCUACACUUGGAAUGAUGGAAAGACAUGCAGCAAAAGUGCUAAAGUAGUCACAGAAAACCUGCAAGAAGAAGAGGAGGACACCAUGACAAGGACUACAUGUCAGAGUCAUGUGAUAGAGUCUUGCUGCCAGAUGAGGACACUGGACAGCGGGAUUGGAACCUUCCCCCUCUCCGACUCAGGGAACCGAUCUACAGGGCGACACGUUUCUAAGCAAGAAUCAACCUUGGAAACAGAAGUCCUUGCACCAUCUCAGCAAGAUCUUCUUUCAGCUCCUUCAGUAAAAGCCAAAACUCUUGAGCGAGAAGUGCCUUCAGCAGCUAAGAGCCAGGAGUCUGUGGAAAGCAUAAUUAGUCACUCAACAUCUGAUCCGGCCAUGACUGCCAAAGGUAUACGACCUUUUCAAAGUCGCCUUCCAAAACCAGCUUCCUCAGGAAUAAUUAACCUUGCAAAGCAAAGUGAACAAGUACCAAGUUCUGUGACCUCUGCCUCAUUAGAGCAUACUGAAGAAACUGUGGAAAAUAGAAAAGUUCUUCCGGAGUGGACCACCAAGAAAACUACUAAAACAAAGGACAGAGCUCUGAGAGUGUGUACUUAUUCUGCGAGCAGCAGCGACACUGAGCCGGAGCCAGAGUAUGAAACAAAUUAUUUUAGAACUGCAGAGGAGACUUUUGUAGAAUUAACAAAGAACAACAAACAAGCUAAGCAGGAAAAACAAAAUCAGAGAAAGUCAUUUCUGGGGAACCCGAUGUCAAUCUUGGAUUUAUACCAACACAGUCUCUAUGGCCAUUUUGGAGAGGAUGGACCUGAACAAUUAACACAUUACAGUUUAAUUGAGCAGCUGAGUGGAGCUUCCAGUAAAGACAGCAAGGGCAAGGAGAGCCCAAGUAAAUUGAAGCAAACUGAAGAAACAAAAGAAGAUUCCCAGAAUAGAUUAUCUAAAAUUUCCCUGGAGUCUCUCAAUAAAUUUAACAGCAAUAACGUACUUCUAUUAGAAAAAGAGAAGAACUGUCUGAACAAGGUUGAAGGACAAAAGGAAGAAAAUGGAAAGAGAGAAGAAGCUUCCUUAAAUAACUUGGGUAGGCAUGACGUGGACAAUUUAGAAUCCUUGAGCGAUUCUCUAUACGAUAGCUUCUCCUCUUGCGCCAGCCAAGGCUCGAACGAUGUAUAGAGACACUUUCCAGUGGGCUGUGACUGCGGCACGUAACGGAGCUGAAGGCGAGUGGGGAGUGAGGGGGGAGAAGAGACAGUUGUUGAAAAUCCUCACUCCAAAUCGCUGUACUCACAGCAGGGUGUUCUGACUUUUCACCACACAGCAAUAAGAAAGGCAAGACGGCAGUCAUCAUGAUGCGUGAGACUCAACACUGAACACAACGAACGGUUACACAGAAUAAAGUCUUAAUUUUGCACUUUUGUGAAUAUUUGUACAGUUGUAAAUAUCUUGGGAAAAUAUAUUUGUAGGGAUAAAUGACAGCAAUAAAUAUUAAAUUGGUGCUAUGCUCCUGUAAUGGCAGAUUACUAACUUAAAGAAAUUUAUGUUAAUAUUAACAAGAAAAGUUAGUAGAUUUUUUUAAAAAGAUUUAUAAUUGUUCUCGUCUUAAAACUGUGUGUAGAAACACUGCGUUACCGUAAACCUGAGCCUGCCAAAUUGUCUGUAAUAAACUUUCUUGGACUCCCUUUUACAAAACAUAUUUUAUUUUUUAUUUUUAGUGCAAUUCCAUACAGGUGUUCUAGGGAAAUGUGCAUUUCAGUCAUUACAACUUCACAACAGGUGUCGCAUUUUGAAAGGGUUUUGACUUUUGACACAGCAAGAAAAUGAAUAGAUUAAAAGGGCUGAUACUGCUGGUAUUGACUUCAUCAAUCAUGUGCAUAACUGAAAGAUCAGGGUCAGAGUAAUUCACUGCUGACACAAACGGGAGUCUUGUAUGAAUGAGAACUACACAAACCACCCUUCACUUCUGACUGCAACAUAGUUUCUCUACUUCCACCUCCUCUGUACUUACUUCCUAUGAAGUUAUGAAUGUAGCAUAUUGUGUUAUCUUUCGUAGUCCGCAUUUGGUCUUAAUUAACUUGUAAACGCUAAAAUUAUUUUCAAAAAUCGAAACUCAAAACUCCUGUUUGUGACAAACUUAAAAGAAGAUGUUGGUGCUAACCAGUACUAGUUCAAGCAUAUCUAGGAGCAGGGGGAUUGGCCUGUAUCGGGUGUUUUUGUUUUUUCUACAAAGGUUGUUUAUAUGUAAGGGAAAGUCUAUUUCAAAGGUUCUGUGUAUUUUUUCUAGAUGUGAAGUAUUUAUAACUGCUUUUUGUACAGCAAUCUGUAAACGAGAUAUAUUUGGGAUAUUUCUAGACUCUACAGUUUCUUUAGCACAUGCCUGUUAAUCUUUGAAAUACUGUAUGAUCAGUGUUAAUAUUUUGUGCAAUUUGUUGUAAGUCAUUUCCGCCGUAAACGUGCAUCAUCUUUUUCGACUUUUAAGAAAUUUUCAUUGAAACAUCUUUCGUAAAUAAAACUACUCUUGCA